AAAAAAAAUACCACAACCUUCAUCCAUUCCUGUGCCCGAAAACUUAUACCCAUGCACAGACCCCAACGUCAUUUUUACUCUACAAGAAACUUUCAAAACCCAAGAUUUGACUACAUAAUUUCGAACAGAAGAAAAACUCCUGGAGCUCCCCUCCCCUCCCCCUAUUCAUAGUCUUAUAAAGCAUCACAAAAAUAAAAACCACGAACACGGUAAUCAACAUAAAACAUAACCCCACUAUUCAUAGUCUUAUCAAAUGUUUGAACCGUCCAUUCCUAAUCUAACGAGAAUUUGCGAUCAAAGAAAAUGAUGUUCCACUAUCCUUAAAGUCAAGUCUUCGUCGCAAAAUAACCAUUUCAUCGGUGUAGAAUCCUUUCGUGCACUGAAUUAUAGUAUUAAACUUCGAUUUCACAUUACACACUUCCAUUCAGCAUCUACUCCAAUCCAACUCCUACCAUGGCAGCAGAACUUGUUGGUGGUGCUCUUCUUUCCGCUUUUCUUAAGGUUGCAUUCGACAGGCUGGCUUCUCCUCAAUUCGUUGACUUCUUUCGUGGAAGAAAACUUGAUGAGAAGCUUCCUGGCAACUUGAACAUCAUGCUGCACUCCAUCAAUACUCUCGCUCAUGAUGCAGAACUGAAGCAGUUCACAGAUCCACACGUUAAAGAAUGGCUUUUUUCUGUCAAAGAGGCCGUCUUUGAUGCAGAGGAUCUCUUGGCUGAAAUAGAUUAUGAACUCACCAGAUCCCAAGUGGAAGCUGAAUCCGAACCUCAAACCUUUACUUACAAGGUAUCAAAUUUCUUCAAUUCUACUUUCAAUUCGUUUAACAAGAAAAUUGAAUCAGAGAUGAAAGAACUCCUAGAAAAACUAGAAUAUCUUGCAAAGCAAAAGGGUGCUCUUGGUUUGAAAGAGGGUACUUAUACUGGUGAUAGAUCAGGCAGUAAAGUGUCACAGAAAUUGCCAUCAUCUUCUUUGGUUGUUCAAACUGUUAUUUAUGGCAGAGAUGCCGACAAAGAAAUGAUGUUUAAUUGGCUCACAUCUGAGAACGACAAUCAUAACCAUCUAUCGAUACUUUCCAUAGUGGGCAUGGGUGGGUUGGGUAAGACCACACUCGCCCAGCAUGUAUACAAUGACCCAAAAAUGGAGACUAAAUUUGAUAUAAGAGCUUGGGUGUGUGUUUCCGAUCAUUUUGAUAUUUUGACAGUGACAAAAACAAUUCUUGAGGCAAUUACAAAAUCUAAAGAUGAUAGCGGAGACCUAGAAAUGGUUCAUGGAAGAUUGAAAGAAAAAGUAUCCGGAAAGAAAUUUCUUCUUAUUUUAGAUGAUGUUUGGAGUGAAAGGCGAGAGGAAUGGGAAGUUGUACGAACUCCUCUCAGCUAUGGGGCUCCAGGAAGUAGAAUUCUUGUCACAACACGUGUUGAGAAAGUUGCUUCUAACAUGAGAUCUAGAGUGCAUCGCCUAAAGCAAUUAGAAGAAGAUGAAGGCUGGAAAGUUUUUGAAGAACAAGCCCUAAAAGAUGAUGAUCUUGAAUGGAAUGAUGAGAAAAAGGAAAUUGGUAGAAGGAUAGUUGAGAAGUGCAAAGGAUUACCUCUUGCUUUGAAAACAAUUGGAAGUGUUCUCCGCACAAAGUCAUCCAUUUUAGAUUGGAAAAGCGUAUUGGAAAGCCACAUAUGGGAGUUACGGAAAGAGGUUGAAAUUAUGCCUGCUCUGUUAUUGAGUUAUCAGCACCUUCCUUCUCACCUCAAGAGGUGCUUUGCUUAUUGUGCGUUAUUUCCAAAAGAUUAUGAAUUUGACAAGACGGAAUUAAUUUUGUUGUGGAUGGCUGAAGGUUUUCUCCAUCAUUCUCAAUCGAACAAGAAUGUACAAGAAGUUGGUGAACAGUAUUUCGAUGAUUUAUUAAUGAGGUCUUUCUUUCUUCAAUCAAGCUCCGAAAUGCGGUUCGUCAUGCAUGACCUUCUGAAUGAUUUGGGAAAAUAUGUUUGUGCAGACUUCUGUUUCAGGUUGAAAUUUGAUAAAGGAAAUUGUAUACCCAAAACAACCCGUCAUUUUUCAUUUGCAUUCCGUGACGUAAGAUAUUUUGAUGGUUUUGGGAGUUUAACUGAUGCUAAAAGACUGCGUUCAUUUGUUCAGAUUACAAAUAACAUUGUGUAUAGUGCUUUUCCUUGUCAAAUCGAGAUUUUGAUACGUGAAUUGUUCUCCAAGUUCAAGUUCUUACGAGUCUUAUCUUUGACUGGAAUUUAUGGACUCAAAGAGGUCCCUGAUUCUGUUGGUGAUCUUAAACAUCUCCAUUCAUUGGACCUUUCUCAUACUAAUAUACAAAAACUACCUGACUCAAUAGGUUUUCUCUAUAACUUGCUGAUAUUGAGGUUGAAUGGUUGUUUUUAUUUUAAGGAAUUGCCUUCAAGUUUGCAUAAACUCACCAAAUUGCGUUGUCUGGAAUUUGAACGUACACAAGUGACAAAGAUGCCAAUGCAUUUUGGAGAGUUGAAGAAUCUUCAUGUAUUGAAUAUGUUUUGUGUUAAUGAAAAUAAUGAGGUCAUCAGUAUUAAGCAACUAGGAGGACUCACUCUUCAUGGAAAGCUAUCAAUUAAUGAGCUGCAAAAUAUUGUGAAUCCUUUGGAUGCAUUAGAAGCAAAUUUGAAAAAUAAAACCCUUGUGGAGCUAAAUUUAAUAUGGUAUCGGAAUCAAAUCCCCGAUGAUCCAAGGAAAGAGAAGAAAGUGCUUGAGAAUCUACAACCUUCUAAUCAGUUGGAGCAUCUUUCAAUCAGGAGCUAUUGUGGUACACAAUUUCCAAGUUGGGUAUUCGAUAAUUCGUUAUCAAAUUUGGUAUCCUUAGAGUUAGAGGAUUGUAAAUAUUGCCUAUGUUUGCCUCCCCUUGGACUAUUGUCAUCUCUGAAGACCCUUAGGAUUAUAGGAUUUGAUGGAAUAGUGAGCAUUGGUACUGAAUUUUAUGGGAGCAACUCUUCUUCAUUCAAAUCCUUGGAAAGAUUGGAAUUCUACAGCAUGAAGGAAUGGGAAGAAUGGGAAUGUAAAACUACUUCUUUUCCACGUCUUCGAGGUCUUUUUAUCUAUGAAUGUCCCAAGUUGAAAGGUCUGUCAAAGCAACUUCUUCAUUUAAAGGAACUAGAUAUUGAGUCAUGUGAUAACCUCAUCAUUAGCGAACACAGCGAAGACACAUCAGCGCUUGAAGUCUUGAGAACUCGUUCAUGCCCACUUGUGAAUAUUCCCAUGACUCGUUAUGAUUUCAUUGAACAAAUAACAAUUGAUAAUAGUUGCAACUCUCUUACAAUCUUUCAGCUAAAUUUCUUUCCAAUGCUCCGUUAUCUUUUUCUGAAAGGAUGCCAAAACCUACAAAGAAUUUCACAAAAGCACGCUCAUAAUCAUCUCAAGAAAAUGAGAAUCCGUGAAUGUCCUCAAUUUGAAUCAUUUCCCGGUGAAGGAUUAUCUGCAGCAUUUCCAUCUCUUACUGAACUUCAUAUAGUUAAUUGUCCAAAAGUGGAGAAGUUCCCAGAUGGAGGUUUGCCAUCAAAGGUAAAAUACAUGUGCCUUUCAAGUUUAAAACUUAUCGCCUCCCUGCGAGAGACCUUGGAUGUCAACACAUGUCUUCAAAGCUUGACUAUUGAAAAUUUGGAGGUUGAGUCUUUUCCCGGUGAAGUUUUGCUGCCACCAUCUCUUACUUCUUUAAGUAUCAAUCAUUGCCGAAAUCUCAAAAAGCUAGACUACAAUUUUCUCUAUAACCUCUCCUCUCUCACACUUUUUGAUUGCGGUAACCUCCAAUUCUUACCUGAGGAGGGUCUGCCCAAAUCCAUCUCUUCUCUUGAAAUUUGGGACUGUCCAUUGCUCGAGCAGCGUUGUCAGAAGUCAGAAGGCAAAGAAUAGAGAAAGAUUGCUCACGUUGAAAAUCUGAGUGUUGGAUAAUAAGAUGAAGCAGAAGUUCAAAAUUAGAUGUUCACCUGCUAACCGGUGUUAAUUCUCACACUCUAAUUGCAUGGCUUCGACAAACUCUUCUUUGUUUUGAUGUUUUUUCUUUUAGAGUGGCAUCAAUCACUUAAUUUGGAAUUUUGUUUAUAUGUUUGAACGAUGAAGAAAAAUAAAAGAUGGAUUUUUUAAAUGGUACAAAUUAUUAUUUAUGGAAUGAUAAGAUGAA